UAUUCAGAAGUAUUUGCAACUAGUAUGGGCUUAAUUUUUUGCGUUAUUGCAAUUAUAGCUGCUGUUAAGGAAUACAAAACAUCGUUAGUGUCUAUUAUGAAGUAUUUCCUCAUAUAGUUUUGUUAUUAUAUGACAGGCUUGUAUACCCUUCUGUAUUGGUAUUUUAUCAAGUUAUAGACAUGACUGUAUUGGUUAUAGUACUAAUCAUAACUGCUAUUGAUCGGUAUGGAUUAUACUGCAGUUCAGUUAGUCUAUUGGAGACAUUAAAUAAUCCAACUCCUUUUUGUAAAUUUUCAGGAGUUGUAUUUCAUUAUGUUAUUGUAAAUAUGGCACUGUGGUGGUUCUUUCAUGUUGCUAUGUUCUUUCACAAAGUAUUUUUUCCCUUCCAAGCAAAUAGAUUUGAAAAGCUGGGCCGUGAAAAGUAUAUAUUUGCAACUGUAACCAUUUUAUCUCUACUACUUCCAUUGCCAGCUGUUAUUGUUUGCCUUUCUGUUGACAAAUUCAAAUAUAAUGUUCAUCGUUUUCCAACAACUCUUUGCAUCAGUGAUGGUGACAUGUGGUUCUAUUCUACAACACUUCCAAUGGAUAUAUUACUUGCU